CGAGUUUCUUGGAGGAGGCAGUCGCGCCUCCGCCUCCUCCUCCUCCUCCCGUAGAGCGAGUGGCGGUCAGCGAGGCGGGCUUGGUCAGCCCGUUCGUGUGUCCCACCAACGCCGACAAGUGCGACUUCUUCUGCGGCUCGUCCGCCAUCUCCGCCCGGGGCGCCGUGUCCGGCCAGGGCAACGCGCUGGGCUGGGCCGGGCCGGGGCCGGCUGGUCCCCGCCUCCGCUCCCCUCCUCCUCCGCCGCCGCCGCCACCACCCAACCGCCCUCCCCCACUGCCCGGGGGCGGCUGCCAAGUGCCGCCGGGGGGAGGCACCGAUAGCCGCCCGCCGUCUCCGCCCGCCCUGGCGGCCCGCUCGGUGCGGCUCCGGCUUCGAGCCCGUUCCCGAGCCCGGGCGGCCCGCGGCGCUCGGGCAGCGCCAGCCCCGCUCACAAGAUGGCUCCCGGGCCGGGGCAGCCGCCUCUCGGUGUGCCCCGCUUGCCCUGGCUCUGUUUGUUGGUACCCGCCGAAGGGUGGCCGGAACGAAGGCCAAGGAGCAGCCCACAAAAGCCACCAGCCCAAGAGGCCGCCCGCGCCCUGCUCACCGGCACCUGCCAAACCCAACCGAGCCCAGUGGGCACGAACAUGGAGCGUGUCCUUGUCUCACACAUCUCCCUGGAGGCAGCGCCUUUAGGAGUCAACCCGCUCGGGAUUUUAAUGCUCAAUUCAACUUUUCCCACCCAAGUUCACCGCGACCCCUCGCCAGCGCUCCCCGUGGGCAACGGAGCUAGCGGGGAGAGAGGGGAGGCGAGCUUCCAUAGCUCUCCCGGGGAAGUAACCGGCGUGUCCCGCCACUGGGCUCCUGCCACACGAAGGGCACUGCCCGCCUGCUGUCCAAAUCCAGGGUAAGGUGGCAGCACGGGUGACAGCGACACCACUCACACCACACCGCCACCCCUGAACGCGCGGCGCGCCCCAGCGCACGAGGUUUACUUCUGACGCGCGCCCUCUGCCCCGCCCACCGCUCACUCCCAUUGGCUGUCUGAGUGAAGCCACGCCCCUGGCACGCGGUGGGCGGGGCAGCGGCCGCUGGGGGCCGUCACGUGACGCUGCGGGCCGUUCCCGCCGCCCUCGGCCGCGCCGGGAUCCGGAAGCGCGCGGGAGUUCCGGGGCUCGCACGGUCACACCGGUGUGCGGCCCCCGCCUCAGCUCCUCUCCUUUAAUGGCGCACAUCACCAUUAACCAGUACUUGCAGCAAGUGCAAGAAGCCAUUGAGACCAGAGAUGGUACAUUUUGUGCAGAAUUAGUUUCAUUUAAACAUCCACAUGUUGCAAACCCAAGGCUACAGCUUCCAUCUCCAGAGGAGAAGUGUCAACAAGUUUUGGAAUCACCAUAUGAUGAAAUGUUUGCAGCCCACUUAAGGUGUACUUAUGCUGUUGCAAACCAUGACUUCAUAGAAGCAUACAAAUGCCAAACAGUUAUUGUCCAAUCUUUCCUGCGAGCAUUUCAGGCGCAUAAAGAAGAAAAUUGGGCCUUACCUAUUAUGUAUUCUGUAGCCCUUGAUCUUCGAAUUUUUGCUAAUAAUGCAGAUCAACAGCUUGUGAAGAAAGGGAAAAGCAAAGUGGGUGACAUGUUGGAAAAGGCAGCAGAGCUGCUGAUGGGCUGCUUUCGAGUCUGUGCCAGUGACACUCGAGCAGGCAUUGAGGACUCAAAGAAGUGGGGCAUGUUGUUUCUUGUGAAUCAGCUGUUUAAAAUUUAUUUUAAGAUCAACAAGCUCCAUCUCUGUAAGCCCUUAAUUAGAGCAAUUGACAGCUCAAAUCUGAAGGAUGAGUAUAGCAUGGCACAGAGAGUUACAUACAAAUACUAUGUUGGACGCAAGGCCAUGUUUGACAGCGACUUUAAGCAAGCUGAGGAGUAUCUGUCAUUUGCCUUUGAGCACUGUCACCGAUCAAGCCAGAAGAACAAAAGAAUGAUUUUGAUCUACCUGCUGCCAGUAAAAAUGUUGUUGGGCCAUAUGCCAACAGUUCAGCUCUUAAAAAAGUAUGACCUUAUGCAGUUUGCUGAAGUAACAAAGUCUGUGAGUGAAGGAAAUCUUCUCCUUCUGAAUGAUGCUCUAACAAAGCAUGAGACCUUCUUUAUUCGAUGUGGAAUCUUUCUUAUCCUUGAGAAGCUGAAAAUCAUCACAUACAGGAAUCUCUUCAAGAAAGUAUAUUUACUGCUCAAAACUCAUCAGCUAUCUCUAGAUGCUUUUCUGAUUGCUCUGAAGUUCAUGCAAGUAGAUGAUGUUGAUAUUGAUGAAGUCCAGUGUAUUUUAGCUAACCUCAUAUAUUUGGGUCACAUUAAAGGCUACAUAUCCCAUCAGCAUCAGAAGCUUGUGGUCAGCAAGCAGAACCCAUUUCCUCCACUGUCAACAGUGUGUUGUUGAAUAUUGCAUCUUAGCCAUGCAAGUACUCUUCAGAUACUCAGCUUGCCCAGUGGGACUGCUCCCAGUGACCCCAGGAACACUGUCAAUGGCCUGGUUCAUGUCCAGGACUGAAAUACCAGGAACUGUUCGUGGCUCCUUUCCCAGAAUGGCCAAGGCUGCCAGGGUUACAAAGUGCAUUGAAAUGAAAUGUUGACUUUGAAAUGGUUGUUUCCACAGGCUUUCUACAUCAUUCAAAGUAUCUCAUGAAGAAAUAAAGCAAAGCAUUCCAAAUUCCUUCCCAACUACUUAAAAGCUUUUAUAAAGUACUUCAUGUUACUAUUUCUGUGUUUAUCCUUCAGAGAGAAGUAUCAGCCUUUGUUACUUGUGUUAAUCCAUUCUACAGAGUGGAAGUAAUGUUUUCUUAACAUGGUUUCCAAUUUUUUUGAAGUCUCAAUAAUUUUGCUGGUAUUAAAUACUCUCUUCAAACUAUCUCUAAAAAAUAGAGAAGUGUUUGACACCAAAAGCUUUACUGUGUCAGUAAUACUUAUGGGUUUGAGUAUAUGUGGUAGGUGCCCACAAGAUGGCUUUGGGAUUCUUUUUAGUUCUGGUCAUAUUUUGUUUAAUUUUUGUUAUGAUGAACAAAAACUCAUGUAUCUAAAUUAUCCAUACUCUGUUUUAUUUUGCUUCUGGGGAAAACACUACCACUGGAUCCAGAAUUUUAAGUGCUACUACCCCGGGGGUCAGUUUGUUUGUUUGGGGGUGGUACAAUAUAACUUUGUCCAGACUGAGAUUUUAGUUUGGGAAUUUUAAAAUUAUUUUUAAAACAAAUAAAACAUUUGUUUUUUGUUGUCUUUGA